AUGGAGGGGGGGGUGUGUGGUCGAGGGCGGAUGGUCAUGGGGGCGGGGUGGUGGGUUGCUUGGGGGUGUUGGGGGGGUGGGGUUGUAGGGGGGGUGGGGGGGUGUUGGUGUGGGAGGAUGGGGUGGGGGGGGGGGGGGGGGGAGUGUGGGGGGGUGGGGUGUGGUGGGGGGGUGUGGUCCGCGGCGUGGGGGUAUGGUGGUGGGGUGGGGGGGGGGGUGGGGGGGUGGGGUGGGGUGGUGUGUGGGCACUGGGUUUGUGGGGUGGGGGGGGGGUGGUGGGAGCUGGGGUGGGGGCUGUGGGAGGUGGGGUGGGUGUGGGGGGGGUGGGGGGGGGAGGAGGCGGGGGGUGGGUGGGGGGGGUGGGUGUGGUGGGGUUGGGUUCGGGGCGUGGUCGAUGUGGUGGGCUGGUGGGUGGGUGGGAGCGCGGGGGGUUGGGGGGGGGGCGUGGUGGGGUGUGAGAGAUGGUCGUGGGGUUUGGAGUCGGCUGGGGGUGGGGUGAUGGUGGGGGUGGGCGGUGGGGGGGUGGGGUGGGGGUGGGGGAAGGUGGGGGGGGGGCUGGGGGUGUUGUGUGGGGGUGGGGGGGGGGGGUGGGGUGGGGGUAGGGGGUGGGCUGGGCGGUGA